GUUGAAUGCAAAAAAAAUUAAAUGUUUUGGAUUUAUAUGAAGCCAAAUCGCUUUGGCUUUUAAGUUGCGUCAAGUUUUUCUCAGCGUGCAAAACAUGGAGGAUUGUGAAAUUAUCGGCAUUAUAUUCGAAUUCAUAGGCGAAAUAUUGUUUGGCAGUAAGAAAAAUGCGGAUGACAGCGACGAUUACAAUUAA